AUGCCCACCCAGCUGAUCCGUCGCGCUGGUGAAUUGAAACGCUCGUUCUUGCACGAUGCUCUGAUUCUGAUUCGCAACGGCACCUUCUAUAACGAACACCCAGACACUUCCAACGCGGCUACACAAACCAAUGUCCCGUUGUUCAACAACCUAUCCUUCUCACUUCGCAGUACGCCUCGUAGUCGUAUCGGGAAAUACGACACCGAGAAACAUGCCUGGGCCGUGAUCGGGGCAAAUCCUUCGCCGUUCUUGAAGGUUCUGAAGGGUGACUAUAUUGCUGCACCUCCUGGCUCGCGAACGUACCCCUACCUAGCUUCCGACGAAAUUGCAAAGACAGAUCCUCGACUUCGUGUCGUCUCAGAGGCUGUCCAGUAUGUUGGAUUUGGCAAUGCCAUUAGUAAUGGCGCAGGUGGCUCUGGUCGUAUGCAGGGAGCUUACCUGAGCGCUAGGUAUGAGAGCAGAAGAGAAGUAACGGAUUGGACACUACUUCAAUACCUGAAAGGAGAAACGGAGCUCAACCCUUCUGAAGUGCCUGGAGACAAGAGCUGGGAUCAACGCCUGUUCAAGCGUAUUACAAAGAAUCUGCGCCUCGACCAGUUGCUCAAUAUGCCUGUAAGCAAUCUGAGCAAUGGCCAAACACGUAGAUCAAAGAUCGCGAAGGCGCUUAUGAACAAACCAGAGUGCUUACUUCUGGAUGAGCCCUUCAUGGGACUUGAUCCUCCAACCUUGACUUUACUCAGCCCUAUGCUGAAAGACCUCCAUGGACGAAGCACGCCGAAUAUCGUGCUUGGUUUACGGCCUCAAGACCCGAUCCCAGAUUGGAUUACACAUGUGGUUGUCCUAGGUGAAAACAACACAGUGAUUGUGCAAGGCGACGUCGUCGAAGCGCUCUAUUCCAUAUGUUCUUGGGCAAAAGUUGAGAGGGGUGAGGAUCAAGACUCAAUGCAUAUGAGAGCUGCUGAAGCUCUGAGAAAGGCCUACGGUCCACCUCCUUUCGAGCGUCCGACCAUACUGGACAAAGAUGGCAUACGUCGUAGUGACCUGUCCUCGAUUCGGCAAAGUAGCCAAAACGCUGUCGAAGAACGACAAUCAGAGCGCGAACUUUCAAAGUCUUUGCGAUCACGACAGCGUCACGCUCGGCAAGCAGCCCUCCAGAAACCCGUACAAGAACGGACUGCGACGGAGUGGUUGACUCUUAUGAGCCCUGUAAGCCGUUCUCUCUAUUCUGACUUGCGCAAUUCUCUCUGGAGAAGAGAUGAGAAACAGACUGUAGAUCGUCAUGGACAGAUUGAAGCAAUCGUAAACACCCCUGACUCUAUUAGUUCUGAGGCGACAGCACGUGAGCCACUCAUUGAGCUGAAGUCGAUAGUCGUAAGAUAUGGCGACAAAGUCGUCCUUGGACAUCCACCACCACAGCCAGGACACACAGAAGCUGGCCUGAAUCUAACCAUCUCACAAGGCACACGGCUUCUUCUCCUCGGACCCAAUGGCAGUGGCAAGACAACACUACUCUCCCUGCUGACCUCAGAUCACCCACACUCCUACAGUCUUCCUAUCAAGUUCUUCGGUCGUACACGUCUACCCGAGCCCGGAAAACGGGGCCUCAGUCUCUUCGAAAUUCAAUCUCGUAUAGGACAUUCAAGUCCAGAAGUCCAUGCUUUCUUCCCACGAAACAUGACAGUUAGAAGAGUCCUCGAAAGUGCUUGGGCAGAAACCUUUUCCUCGAAACCAGCCCUGGAACCCGAGAACAGCGCAUUGGUUGACCGAUUCCUUCGGAUCUGGAAGCCGGAGCUGUGCCAGACACCAGAUAGAACCGAUGACUCCCUUGCUUGGGCAAGCGACAACGAGAACCAUCCUGUCUUUGCGCGUUUACCGUUCGGAACCCAGCGGCUUCUCCUUCUGCUGCGGGCGAUUAUCAAACAGCCAGAUAUCAUAAUCCUUGACGAAGCCUUCUCAGGCCUUACAUCCGCAAUUCGCGAGAAGGCUCUGAAAUUUCUAGAGCAUGGCGACGCAUUACUCGGUGCUGAUACCGCACAGGGAGACAUCACGUUCCCAGGCCUAACGCAACAACAAGCACUAGUGGUGGUAAGUCACGUAAAGGAGGAGAUUCCGGACGCUGUCGACGAGUACAUACGACUACCAAGUGCAGAAGAAGCAAGUGAGGGCAAGACUGUAGAGAUGGGCCGGACUAGAAAGGGCUGGGUAAAGACGGAUGAGGGAUGGAAUGCCGUUUGGGCUUUGCGGAACAACACUGCGUCGACCUAG